AGCCCGGACACAUGCUUCGUGGUGCAGCGGUGUUCUGUGUCUGGGCGCCGACGAGAAACAAGCUACUAAACAAAACAAGAACCACAUCGUUAGUUAAAAACUAUGGCGCUGCGAGCCUGUGGGUUCAUCGUGUUUCGACGUCUGGCAAACUGUGCUCCACCAAAAGACGACAUCGAGUACCUCCUCUUGCAGACCUCUUACGGGCAGCACCACUGGACCCCACCUAAAGGCCACGUGGACCCGGGUGAGGAUGACCUCACCACAGCUCUGCGAGAGACCAAGGAGGAGGCGGGGCUUGGCGCGGAGGACCUUCAAGUGGUGGAAGGCUUUCUGAAGGAGCUGCAUUAUCAGGUGAGAGGUCGUCCCAAGGAGGUUCUGUACUGGCUGGCCGAGCUGAAAAACCCAGGCACCGAGGUCACUUUGUCCAGCGAGCAUCAGAACUACCGCUGGGCCCCGCUGGAGGACGCCUGCGCUCUUGCUGGGUACACAGAGAUGCAGGACACUCUGAGGGCCGCACACAGACACUUGAAGACCCGGCAGCAGAAGAAGUGAGUGACAUGUGCUCAGUGCUGACUUCAAACUUCUUCAUGCAAUUUCUCCCACAGCCUGGGAAGUCUUUCACCUCAAUUAUUAUUCUGAAAAUCUGAAUUAGGCAAAUGUUUUAUAGUCCUAGAAAAGAGUGCCCAAAGUGCGCCGCACUCUGAAAAUAGAAUAAGAUAAAAAGUGCAAUAAAAGAGGUGUAAUGUAUCAGAAAUGUUGCAGUUGUGAGUCUAAUAAGAGAAGGCUGAAAUGUAGGCUGUCUUUUGUUUUGUUUUUUACUUUAAAGUUGUCAUUGCACAAAAAAUAAUACAAACUUAUCUGAAGUUGAUUUAGAGAUUCAAGCAUUGAGAGCAAAAAUAAAUAUUGUAUUUUCUGGACCAUAGGGCGCUCCGGAUUAUAAGGCGCUCUGCUCGUCUACUCAGGUUUAAAGGGGUCAUAUUAAUAUUGCUUUUUUUUCCAAAUGUAAGACUUUCUUGUGGUCUACAUAACAUGUAUUCGCGGUUCUUGGCUCUAAAUUUUGCUUAGAUGAUGUUUUACACAUCAUCUUCAACUCAUUUUCUGACAGUCUCUUCAGGAUGCACUGUUUUGUGGGCGCUCUUAUUUACGUGCCUCCACUAGGACAACGUCUUCUCCCCCGUCAUCUUUGUUGUAGCGGUGUAGCGUGCAAGGACAGGAGUGGAAGAAGUGCCAAAAGAUAGGUCUAACUGUUUUAAUGAGAUUCAGACUUUACUUCAAUCAAUAACGGAGCAGCAUCUCCUCAUCCGUGGCUCACUAGUGCAACAACAACAACCGAAAUGUGUCCCGUGCCCGGAACUCUCCAAUAACUAAAGUUCCUUGGGUGAAUAAUGUAAAGUCACUACACCGGCAUGUUUUAGUGCUUUCAUGGUGAGUUUACUGACAGAUAUAAGUAAGAACUUUACACUACUUUAUAUUAGAAAUGGCAAACGUGAAGGAUGAAUGUCACAUAACAAGAAGAUAGAGAAAAAGAAGCAGCUUAUCGACUACAGCUUUGGCACGGACUACAAAAGGCCGACUUGCGCAUUUUCAGGACUUAUGCAGAUCCCAAAUACACACAAGUACCAGAAGUUAAGAAAAGUUGCUUUGGCAUUAUAUUGUGAAAAGAUAAUAUGUAAAUAUGUUUUACCUUAUACACCUUUAUGAGCGCCGUGGGUAAUUUUCUAUAUUUUCAAUGGAACUUAUAAAAUGUUGGUGUUGUUUACUUGAGUCACAUUGCAGUAUACACGUAUCUCUUAUGUGUGACUGCCAUCUAGCGGUCACACGUAUCAUUUCACCAUGUACCAAAAGAAAUAGCUUUGAGGUCGGUAAGCAAAACCCGAGUUUUGCCGUACAUUAGGCGCACCGGGUGCUCCUUAUAGUCCGAAAUAUCCACUUUCAUGAGUGGGGUCUUUUGGAUCCUGAUAUUCUCUUGUCAUUGUUGAAAAUAAUAAUGAAUCAAAAUCAAUUUUGUUAUGAAUUAUUUACCAAUUUAAUUACUUUGCAUCAAAUAUUCCAUUUUGAAAAAUGUUUUGUGGGAAAUAUUGCAUAUUUUGUGUUUUUGCUUUAAAAUCACUUGGUUUUUUUUUGUGGAAAAUGGCAUAAAACAAAACAAAUAAAACCCACUUUAUGGCAA